ACGCGGAAGCUGUCGAAGACAGAGCGGCAGAGGUUCAGCGAGGAGGUGGAGAUGCUGAAGGGGCUGCAGCACCCCAACCGCUUCUACGACUCAUGGAAGUCGACCAUCAAAGGUCAAAUCUGCAUUGUGCUGGUCACAGAGCUCAUGACGUCGGGCACCCUGAAAACCUAUUUGAAGCGGUUUAAGGAGAUGAAGCUGAAGGUUCUGCAGCGCUGGAGCCGACAGAUCCUCAAGGGGCUGCAUUUCCUGCACACCCGCUCACCCCCCAUCAUCCACCGUGACCUCAAGUGUGACAACAUCUUCAUCACAGGCCCCACAGGCUCUGUCAAAAUCGGGGACCUGGGCCUGGCCACGCUCAAGCGAGCUUCCUUCGCCAAGAGUGUCAUAGGCACCCCUGAGUUCAUGGCACCGGAGAUGUAUGAGGAGAAGUACGAUGAGGCGGUGGAUGUCUAUGCCUUUGGGAUGUGCAUGCUGGAGAUGGCCACCUCGGAGUACCCCUACUCUGAGUGCCAGAAUGCCGCCCAGAUCUACCGCAAGGUCACCUCGGGCCUGAAGCCCAGCAGCUUCUACAAGGUGAAGGUGCCAGAGCUGAAGGAGAUCAUUGAGGGCUGCAUCCGCAUGGACAAGAAUGAGAGGUACACCAUCCAGGACCUGCUGGAGCACUCCUUCUUCCAGGAGGACACAGGGGUGCAUGUGGAGCUGGCCGAGGAGGAUGACGGAGUCAAGUCUGGGCUGAAGCUCUGGCUGCGCAUGGACGACACAAAGAAGCUGCAUGGCAAAUACAAGGACAACAACGCCAUCGAGUUCCUCUUUGAGCUCUACAAGGAUGUGGCAGAGGAGGGGGCCCCGGAGGGGAGCCCUGGGCCCUACAGGGUCCCUGUGCCCCGGAGUGACGAGCCCUCUCCCGUGCAGGUGGUCCUGGGCUUUGUGUGUGAGGCCGACUACAAGCUGGUGGCCAAGGCGGUGCGGGACCGCGUGGUGGCCAUCAAGCGCAAACGGGAGAAGCUGAAGCGUGUUCAGAAUGUGCCAUUGCCUGUGGAGCCGGAGCAGCCUGCAGGCGUCCUGCGGAUGCUGGAGGAGCUCAAGUCCCCACUGCCAGCUACACCUGCUCUGGCCACCCCUGGCUCUGGGGACUCUGUCUUCAGCAGCACCUUUCCCUCAGAGCCUGAGGAGCCCGAGGCUGACCAGCACUUUGCCUACCGGCACACCAGUUACUCCUCAGCCACCUCUGACUGUGAGACAGAUGGGUACCUGAGCUCCUCCGGCUUCCUGGACUCCCCGGACCUGGCCCAUCAUGGCUUCCUGGCAGGGGACCCUGCCAGCCCACUGCCCGCCCGGCCCGGGAGCUGCUUCCCCACGAGCAUCGCGGUGCAGCUGCCCACUGAGCGCUUGCCCUCGGCUAAGGGCGUUUUAAAAAAAAAUGAGUCUGGGGGGUCCGGCUACACCUCAGAUGUGGCAUCAGGCAUGAGUGACGGCUGUGAGGGGCUCUCAGCCAGCGAGCAGAGCACCAAGCUGCCCCCCAAGAGAUCCUCGGGGAAGCUGCUGCGGCGCCGAGCGCGGUCCAGGCUGCGCAUCACCAAUAUCUCCGACAAGAACGACCGCGUGGUGGAGUGCCAACUGCAGACCUACAACAACAAGAUGGUGACCUUCAAGUUCGACCUGGAUGGGGACAACCCGGAGGAAAUCGCAGCUGUCAUGGUCCACAAUGAGUUCAUCCUCAAGUCGGAGCAGGACAGCUUCAUCCACCGCAUCCGGGACAUCAUCCACCGCGUGGAGACUCUGCUCCGCAAGGAUGGGCGCAGCGGCGCUGAGCUGCCCAAGAGCCCCGAGGCUGAGCGUGGCACGGGCAGCCCUGUGGACCUGCAGCUGCAGGAGUUCUCGCACUCCAUAUCCUCCUCAUCCUUGCUCAGUG